AUGUCUAAGCUACAACCUACUGAGACGUCGAGCUUGGAUAUCAUCCAAUCGGUCAUCAAGGACCCGUCUAUCAAGCCCUCAGCCGAAACAAUCAAGGUGCUCUUCAGCAACAUCUCAUCCUCGGGCGGAUUGGUACGUGUCCAGGCUUUGAAGGCAUUGGCUUCCGUCUUACAGCACCAAGAAAGCCAUGGACCGGCUUGGUUUGAAAGCACGCUAGAAUCUAUGUUGCAUUCCACCCUAGCUCUCGAGGUUUGCGAUGGCUUCGCUGCUCUUGCCGCUACUUGGUCGAUUUCUCCAGACCAGGCACUCCAAUUCCUUCAAACUGAUGGCUUUUUCUCGCGUCUUGCCGAAUCAGUCCUUAAGCUUGCCGCGAGCCGACCAGAACAGGCCGACUUGAACAAAUUCUUUUCCGACUUCCUUGCGUGUUGCCUAGACCACAAAUCCCUCUGCGCAAAAAUUCAAUCAGAGUGGCCCGAAUGUUUGGAUUGGUUAACUGGGAUGUCGAUGUCUCUAGCCACCAGGGUCUCUAUUCCUGCCCGCUGUGGAGCGAUUCUGGCGUUACUGAAAUUGCGAAGAUCAACGGAUCUCCAAUCCGCGCCAAUACCUUCAUCUGAUCAGCUUGUCGACUUUCUGAUGAUAAGCUUCUUGGGAAACAAGAAUCCUCCAAACUCGGCCAUCGAAAGUUUGGCGCUUCUCAGCGAGGACGAAUCCGUCCGAAAAACCUUGAGAGAGAGGUCCGAAGCUUUCUUUCAAACUACCAAAUCUCUCACACAAAGUGAUCGGGAUCACGAGGCCGACCAAAUCAAGUUUACGCCCUCUCGAUCUUUAGCCUUUGGACUAGCGACCGUCAUCCUCCUCCAUCUUGUAUCUUUCAAGGUGCUUACACACGAAUUUCCAGCUGAUGAUGAAGCUCGAGAGCAGCAGGAACGCCGAAGACGCCGUAUGCUAUUAGCGGAAAGACAUUAUUGGCCCUGGGAGAUCUCGCUCCCCGAGCAGGACAGAGCUAAAGAAAAACAUGAUAGGGAGCUGUUGACUGGCGACGCAAGUCCACAACUCAAAACCAUUAUCACCAAAGUGUGGCUGAACCUUGUUGAAUAUGACGACUGCGCGACGCUUGUAUCGAAAUCUGGGGGCCCAGAUAUUGUGUUGGAUAUGAUCAUCAACACCCCCAAAUUCUCUGGUUAUCUCUUGCAACAGCAGCCGCCUGGCACACCAGCUCUCGUGACAAACUCAAUGUCAACUCUCAGCAGUCUUGUCCUUGAUCCACACGAGCUUGAGAUGAUUCAAGUAUUGGCCAACUUGCGGUGUCCAACCGAGAAUCUCCAAUCAAUGAUCAAGUCACUCAUCAUUCUGUUCCUACAUCCGUCUUCGACGAAGUUUCAGAUUUCCCUGGCGCUCAGAGCCAUUUCUGGCGGAAUCCUAUAUGUUAUUGAACUCAUGCAUGACCUCAUCUACGAGCCAGCCUACCUCAAGAGAUUUGCGCCGCCGUCGCCAGCAAACUCAACUCAAACCGAUAUUGCAUACAUAACUAGGCUCCAAAAUUUGAUCAGUUUAAUGAAGGAUGGAGACGACCCGCGCUGUAUCGCUACUGACGUGUUCUAUAGCCUUACUUGGGCAUCUCCGGAGGCCUGUCAGACAAUUGUAUCAGAUAGCUCAUUGACUGAGAGUUUGUUGGAGGCCUUCCGAAUUCGGACCAAGGAAUGUCCCAACGAGGACAAUCGCAUGCCGGCAAGUGAGAUGAUGAUUGUUGCAUUUCAGCAUAUCUACGAUAACCUUCCCUGCCCCUCAGAGGGCGAUCCUCCUGCACUCUUUGUCGACGACCGUUUGCAUUAUGGGCUCCUGCAGAUAGACCUGUUUUGCCGUGAUCGCAUGGAAGAGGGUAGUAAUGCAAUACAGACACCAUAA